AUGGCCGCGCUCCUCGGCCCCGUGUUGUUCAUUUACUUCACAUGUAUAUCUACUGUCCAGACUACUGACUGUCUGCACUUGAGGGAGCAAUGUAUUAAUGCUGGAAAUGGAUGUGAGAGAGUCUGGAAUGUGGUUGAAGAUGUCUGCAAUAUUUCAGGUAAUAGAUGCAAGGCAGAAGACACUGUUGGAUGUAAUAGAAUAAUCCAGGUCCUGGCUGACGAAUACCCAGAAUUUAGAAACUGUGUCUGCACUACAGAUGAUAUCUGUAGCAUCACAACUUUGCUUGGGAAACUGUGCAGCAUUAAUAAAGACUAUUUGGAGUAUCCCUCAAGGUCAGCCACUGAACUGGGUGUCAGGCAACCCAGGAACCGCGAAGACGGUGGGCGCUCUGCGGAGCCGGAGAGCUGCAGCCUGGCGAAGCGGCGCUGCCGGGAGGAGCCUCGCUGCUCUGCCGUGCACAGGAGCUUCCAGCGGGCCUGCCAGGCAGCUGCAGACACCUGCAGCUUCCCCGGGCCUGCAAAGUGCUCCUUAGCCUGGAGAGAGCUGAGGAAAACGGCUCUGGGAAGGUGCACGUGCUCAGAGCCGCUUCAGACGAGAUGCGUUAAAAUCUGGGAGGGAAUAUUUAACAACCCCUGUUUACAGUACUCUCAGGAGAGCCAAGCCUCAGGAGCUAGUGAAAAUGAUGGCAGUGAUGAUGACUAUAAUGCUGAUAUUGAUGGUGAGAAAAAUCUGGUCACUGACACAAACAAUAUUAGUAUGGAAACAAAAUUACAGUGGGGUUUAUCUGCUCUCUCCAAACAAGUGCACACAACAAACAGGAGCUGUUUGGAUGUGAACAGGGAGUGUGUUGAAGAUGAAGUGUGUAACAAACAGUUGUCCCUGUACCUAAAAGUUUGCUCAGUAAAUAAGAAGUGCAGCAUGGAAGGAUGUCAAGCAGCCAUAAGGUUCUUCUAUCGAAACAUGCCUUUAGAAGUUGCCCAAAUGAUGAUAUUUUGUGACUGCAUCCAACAUGAUGAAUCCUGCCACAGAGCCAAAGAACUUCUCCAUGGCAAGCCCUGUGCAGUUACUGUAGUUCCACCCCCAUCAUGUCUGAAUGUAAUCCAGAUGUGUGAAGAGAAUGAAUUGUGCAGGAAAAAAUACACAACUUUUCGGUCAAAGUGUUGGAGACAUGUGACAAAAAAAUGUUAUAAUGACGAAGCCUGUCUUGAAACUUUGCUCAAGGAUGACAUGCCCUGUUCUGCCACCGCUGACUGCAGAGCAGCCUACGUCAGCAACUGGGGCACGAUGCUGCACACCGAGUGCAUCUGCCAAAAUCUGCCUCCCAUGGAGCAGCCUUUGUGUGAGCUCUUCCACCACAUGCUGCACAGCAAAUCCUGCUUCAGUGACUUACGUCAAAUUUCUAUUCAAAAGAAGGGUUUUCACUGGGUAAAUACAGAAAUGCCAGAGGAAAAGAUUUCUGGAGCACAGCUCCAUUCUUCUGCAAUUAAUGGUGAAACUAUCUACAUUAUUGCUUACUCCUCCUGCAUAGCUCUCAUCCUAGGAAUAGUCCUGUUGACUCUCCUAAAGAUCAGAGCCUGCAGAACAAAAUAUGAGUCAAGAAGUCCCUCGCCAGACCAUUCUUCUGAAACAUUUAUGGCCCAUUAUAAAAGUCACAGAUGA